AGGCGACCUCUUCAUCAAGACAGUCCUUACGUCCUACCUCUUCACACAGCCCUGAGCGGAGCAUACAUUCAGGUGUGGUACCAUAGCCCCUAUCCUGCACCCACUUCGACACUAUCCUUUGGCCGAACACAGUCACCCCUAUCUUCGCGCGUCAACAGCAAGAGAUCACAUCAGUUGACUGUGCUAUCACUUGGCUCCAAUCAAGAGUCACAUUACCAUCACCUGUUCAUAGUCUCACGAGGUAGACUGUGACUCUGAAGCGACCAUUCCCCAGGCCAACUUGUCGACAUCAUGGUCCAGCUUCUUGUUCGCCAUGCAGCACUCCUGUCCGCCGUCACCCUUGUGCUUACAGCAGCACUUGGCAUGGCGCGAGGGAAGCACUCAAAGACUAUAGGAGACAGUGGUGUUAGUGCCCAGAUGCUGUUCUUGGCUGACCCAGAUCAUGUAGUCUUCAUGGACAAGGCAGAGAACAACCCCUUGUCGAUCAAUGGGCAUCCUGCCUGGGUGGCUCGAUACCAACUCUCUUCGGGGAGGAAGCAGGCAAUGGAUGUACGAACGAACACCUUCUGCGCCGGCGGUGCUCCCGCCGGUGAUGGACGUUACGUCACGACUGGCGGGACCGCGGCACUUGGGUACAAGUCCCAAGAUGGAGGCUUCGCUCUCAAUAUCUAUGAUCCCUCCACCAACACCUGGGAACAGAACAGGCAUGGCAUGCAGACCAACCGAUGGUACUCGAGCGUAGAGCCAAUGGCAGACGGCAGUGUCAUCAUCGUCGGCGGUCAAAACGCUGGAGGUUACGUGUCGACUCAAAGGACAAAUGAGCCUUCCUACGAGUUUUAUCCGAGCAAAGGAGAGCCGGUCCACAUGGGCAUCUUGGCUAGGACAGUGCCGGUCAAUCUCUACCCUCUCACCUUCUUGAUGUCGAACGGAGAACUGUUCGUGCAGUCUGGCCGUCAAGCAAUUCUUUGGAACCUUGACAGCGCGAGCGAGAAGGCCCUGCCCAAUAUCCCCGAUGUGCCUCGCCCUUACCCAUCUAGCGCCGGUGUCGCAAUGAUGCCCAUGACACCCGACAAUGGAUACAAGCAGACUAUUCUCUUCUGCGGUGGUAUCUCUCUGGGCCGCAAGGCAGCUUGGGGCGCCUUGAGCGGACCCGCAGUCAGCACUACCGACAAGGUCGCCUCGACUUCCUGCCAACAGAUCGACCCUCUGGGCUCCGGCCAAUGGCAGGCUUCGGACGCGCUUCCUGAACCUCGCGUGAUGGGCAUGUUCGUCCACUUGCCCGACGGAACCCUGUUCUUCGGUGGAGGCGUCAAGAAGGGUACCGCUGGCUACACGGCCAGCGGUAAAGGACCAGGCAAGCCAGUUGGCCAGUCGCUCGGAGACGACCCCGCCUAUACCGUUCAGAUUUACUCCCCUCGAGCUCCAGCUGGCUCUCGAUGGAAGGCAUACGGAAGUCUGCUCAACCCCAGGCUGUACCACUCCUCUGCUCUCCUGCUGCCAGACGGUGCCAUUCUGAUCUCCGGCUCAAACCCCAAUGAAGAUGUAACAACGGCUCACUGGCCCACAAGCUACGCUGUGGACAAGUGGUACCCGCCAUACUACAACAUGCCUCGACCAUCCUCUGAUCAAUUGCCUACUCGACUGAAGUACGGCGGCAAAUCCUUCACCAUCGACAUGGCCCGAGCCAUUGCGGACAUGAACAUCAAGAGCCUUGACUCUGCAUAUGUUCGCAUCAUUCGAACCGGCUUCUCAACUCACGGUGUCAACUGGGGCCAACGUUCUCUGCAGCUCAAAAGCCAGCUAUCGGUAGACAAGCGUACGCUCGUGGUUCAGGGUCUGCCCAACAACCCUAACCUCUUCGCACCCGGUCCCGCUCUGAUCUUCCUCGUCGUGGAUGGUGUCCCUAGCAUGGGCGUCUUUGCGCACAUUGGUCCUAAGGGCAUCCCCGCAGCAGUCGCCAACAGCAUGUCCAAAUUUGCCAGCCUGAAUCAGGUCUCGGCAGAAGCAGACGAGCCGCAUGUCACUUCUACCGGAGAAGGCGGAGGCGGCGAAAAGGAUGUUUCCAUCAGCAAGAGGUGCACGAAGGACAUGCCUGACUCGGAGUUGGUUCAGAGGGACCAUGUCUGGGAGGCUGUUGCUGCCAACGUCACAGCUGCCGCGCUGUCAGAGUGAAGCACCAGAAAAGCGUCACCUCGGGCCCUAUUCCUUGACUUAUUCAGAUCUUUAUUUGCGAUCGCGAUGGGCACCGAUUCGUUCCGUCGUCCGCGUCUCUAUUCCAACAUGUCACCAGAUUGUCCCACAAUAACGUCCGUCUUUAUAGAUAUUUGGUCCCUUUUUCCCGCUUGCUUGCCAUCGAUAAUGUUGGUUCUCGACUGAGAGUCUUCUGACAAAACAGAUGUACAGUGGUGUGAUGUGG